AUGGAUGAGGACUGGGAUCUCUUUGCCGUCGUCCGAAGCUGCCAAUCAACCACCAAUACUUCUACCACAGCAAUUCCACAAACCACCACCAAUAAUUCUCUGUCUUCCCUCCUCACUUCUACUGUCAAGGACCAAAAAUAUGAUGCAUUUUCCUUCCCCAAUAAUACAGUGCAACCCAUAACCGAUGAGUUUCAUGAACUACACCAAUUGUUUACACCCUUUAACCCCACCACCCCCACUAUCCCUAGUGCUCCUGGCAUCAAUCCUAAUUCCCCUUAUUUCGCAGAACAGGAAAGUCAGCAAAUUAGUGACCACCUUCCCAUUUGGCCUCAUUUUCUACCAGAACCUUCCACUCCCAGUUUCAACAGAUUCCCUAACCAUCAACAACAGCAACAGAAUCAACUACAGGUCCUUCAGAAACAGGAAUUUCAUGCACCCCAGAACAGUUCUCCCACAGUUUCACCAAACACACAACCUCAAACACCCAAAUCAAGAAAAAGAAAAAGCCAACAGAAGAAAAUGGUGUGUCAGGUAACAGCAGAUAACCUCUCAGCGGAUUUGUGGGCAUGGCGAAAAUACGGACAAAAACCGAUUAAGGGUUCUCCAUAUCCAAGUUACACAUACAUAUUCGUAGGAAUUACUAUAGGUGUAGCAGCUCCAAAGGUUGUAUGGCUCGAAAACAAGUUGAACGGAGUAACACUGAAACCGAUAUGUUCAUUGUUACCUACACCGGAGACCACUCGCAUCCCCGGCCAAUCCACCGGAACUCGCUUGCCGGAAGUACCCGGAGUAAGACUCCGACGACGAAUCCGCCACUGUUACCCGGGUCACUUUCCUUUCAAGAUGCAUCCUUUUCUUCUUCACCGCCACACUCUCCCACGUCGCCAUCAGAAAAUCCACCGGAAACCUGUGAUGUCGAACCCGACCCGGAUAUGGAAACUGACGUGGACGAUGACGGUGACAUUCGAUGACCCCAUCACCGCCUUCUUGUGCAGCAAGUUUUGCAUUGAAGUGACGUUGUCUCAGACUUGA